CAUAGAUCCCCUGAGCUUUAACAGGGCUGAAACUGCCCGGAGAGUUUAUAAUCUUCAACUUUCUGAUCACAAAGAUGUAGAAAAGGUGUUUUCCGGGACUGUCAAUACGCUUGACUUGGAGUUGGUUGAAAAAAGAUACCAUUGAUGUGUCCACUCAGGGUUUGAAAAAUGGCAGAGUCUACAUACAGGUACAGCCAAACAUUUUUUAUACAUAGACGCACCUCCUGAAUGGACAGAUUGAAAAAUGGAAGCACGCCAGGGAUAUUGAAAAUGCUGAUUGGUCCAUUUAAAUCAACUAUGAGCGCAUUGUAUAUUUGAUGGGCAACUUAAAAAUAAUGGACACAUGACAGGAACAUUAAACAUGACAACCUGGACAUAGGAUCAUGGAAUCAGCAAAAGGAACAUCAUAAAUCACGUCAGAGACUUUAAAACGAUGAACCAAGCAUAAAAUAAUCAAUAAGGACACUGCAAAUUACGUCAGACAUAAGACAGCUUGCUAGCUGGAGGAGGAGAUGGAUUUGUUGUGAUCUAUGAUGUGUGUUGUCCCCCUGGCCCAGAAAGACACACCUUUCCCAGUGUUGGUACAGUGGCACUGAAUAACCGCCACCGCCACAAGUUCAGUGUGGAGACAGUGCUCUGGUAUCCACUAGACACAGGGAUGUUCACCUCCAGCGGUGCAGAUUGUAUGCUCAAAGUGUGGGAUACCAACAGGCUUAAGCCUGCAGAUGAGUACCAGUUCAGUGGCAUUGUGAACUGCCACCACAUGUCUCCAAUAGCCACACGCCACUGUCUUGUUGCUGUGGCAACCAACAGUUCCACAGUGAAGCUAGUGGACUUGAAAUCUGGUUCAUCAUCACACAGUCUGAAGGGCCAUGACACCUCAGUGUUUGUCGUGAAGUUCUCUCCAUACAAUGAGUUCAUUCUAGCCAGUGGAAGUGGUGACCGGAAGAUAUUACUAUGGGACAUCCGGAAUGCGAAGGGCAGCCUCCUACAGUUUGACCAGUACAAUGGGAGGCAACCCAAGGACGUACUUGAAAAUAACUGUGCCUUGUCCCACAACAAUGCUGUGAACGGACUGCAGUUCUCAUCUGACGGGAUCCACAUUGUCUCGUGCAGCACGGACAACGCAGUGAGGUUGUGGAACACUUCUACAGGGAAGAAUGUCGGCGUGGAUUAUGGGGCCAUCUCAAACAGGGCCAAGAAAUGUGUUCAGUUUGCCGUGUCCGAUGGUUGUUCUCAGGACUUGGUGUUUAUUCCCAACGAUACAAGACGUAGUGUUGAUGCAUUGAAUAUGGUCACAGGAAAACGAGAAUACUCGCUGACAGGACACUACUCCUACGUGAACUGUUGCCUGUAUCAUCCAGACUUGAAUGAACUGUACUCAGGGGCUAAUGAUAGAAAUAUAUUGGUAUGGACUCCGAAAACGUUUUCUAGUCAGUACAGAAAUGUUAGGAAAAGACGGAGGGAAAGAGUUGAAUUUAAAUGCACAGAGAAACAGCCAAAAAGAUCAACAGAAAAACAUGACAGUAAAAUAACAGUUUCAAGUACUGCCAAGUCGUCUAUAUCUAAUGGAAUUAGUGCAGGGUUGUCCGGUAUAGAGACGACUGGCGGGGCCAACACAGCAUUGACGGCGGACAGCUGGAGCAGCGAUGAGGAUACUUGAUGUACACUCAGUAUAUUAAUUAGCCAUAUGGCGACCUUUGUUUGUUUAAUUAUUCAUUUUAAUAUGUAAUAUACAUAUUAGCUGUAUUGCUUUCAGGAUGCCAUAAUAUGUUAUACAUUAUUAAUUUAUUGAAUGAUGAAUGGAUUACGAGAAGUAAAUUUUAAGAGUAAU